AUGAUGGAAAUUGGUGCAACAGCUGCAAAAAUUACUCACGGUCUCUUUCAGAACACACAUCCUCUCAAGGCAAAAUGGAAUCGCAUUAAUGGAGUUCAGCUCCCAAGAUCAUCUCACUCUAUCUCAGUCGUCGCCGGUCGAGCAUACAUCUUUGGAGGUGAGAUCAACCCACGCGAACCCAUCGACAAUGACAUACAUGUCGUCAUCCUUCCUUCAGGCACCGUCACAAGCGCCGACUAUCGAGCUAUACCUGCCAAGCCUAUAAAUACUGGUGGAGAGGUUCCUGAGAAGAGAGUAGGACAUACGGCGGGAGUCAUCGGAGAGCGGAUCUUCAUAUUUGGUGGCAGAGGUGGUAAGGAGAUGAAACCUCUCGAAGAAAAUGGCAGAGUUUGGGUCUAUGACACUAGAACAGAUAGAUGGUCAUUCUUAGAUCCAGCCCCUGGCACGCCUUUUCCAGCUGCGAGAUCAUAUCAUUCGAGCGUUGCUAUCGAAAAGCCCGAGCCACCAAAUAUGAAGAGCGUAGAAUUCAAUCAGGCUAUAGAGGAAACCAAGAUUGGAACAAUUGCAGAGGGUGCUCAAACUGACGAUGAGCAAGGCGGUCAUGGAACGUUCUUCGUCCACGCAGGAUGUCCGGUUUCUGGAAGAACAAAUGACCUUUGGGCAUUCGAUGUUCGAAGCCGUACAUGGAAGGAAUUCCCUUCAGCUCCAGGAAAGCCUAGAGGUGGCACAUCACUCGCAGUUUCUAAACAGAGAAUCUAUCGAUAUGGCGGUUUUAAUGGCGAGGGUGAGGAGGGAGGCUAUCUCGAUAUUUUGGAAUUGGCCCUUGAAACUUUCAACGACAAGUCUGGUUCGGGAGAAUUGGGAGUCGCCCCGAAGGGAGAUUGGGAAACCUUGAACUUCGAGGAAGAGGGCAUGAAACACCCUGGUCAUAGAAGUGUGGCUGGCAUGCAUACCAUUAAUACUGGUAUGGGCAGAGAAUAUUUGAUUCUCUUGCUUGGUGAAAAGGAUCCAAGUAGCCAAGGUCAUGAUGGAGCUGGCAAGUUCUGGAGUGAUGUGUGGGCGUUUCAAUGUCCUCCUCAAGGUAUGACUGCGGCAAGCUUCAAGGAUGCUACCUGGCAAGCACUGGGACAAGAAACUGGUGAAGGUCUUUGGAGUCAAAUAAUCGUCUCCGAUUCAGAGGGCGUUGAAGGUGAUGAUGUUAUGAAACUUGUACCCGGCGAGCGUGGAUGGUUCGCAAGUUCGUCAAUGAGCGAUGUGGACUUCAGAGGAAUUCUUUUGUGGGGUGGUCUUAAUGGAAAGAAUGAACGGGAAGACAAUGGAUGGAUCUUGACCAUUGAAUAG